GGAGGAGCUAUUUUCCACAGUCGAAGAAAAAGCAAAGAAAGAGAUGAACAUGAACGAUCUAGAUGUUUUAGCCUAGUGAUUGAUUCUCAAUCGCACCCACGGGAAUCUCAUAGUUAUAAAAAGCCCACAUUCCUUCAUUCUAUCUAUGCCAAGUUGCCUGCAAUUCCUUCUUUUCUGGAAGCUGUUAGAUUAAAAAAGAAUGAGGACUAGUAGUUUUAUUACAUUUAUUGUCUUUAUAAUCUUUUGUCUGUGGGAUGUAAACGGGCAGCUCAGUUCGACAUUUUAUAAUAAGACGUGUCCCCAGGCACUGUCGACAGUCAAAGCUGCUGUGAAAGCAGCAGUCGCCAAGGAGAAACGAAUGGCUGCUUCAUUGCUACGUCUUCACUUUCAUGACUGUUUCGUUAACGGGUGUGAUGGGUCGAUCCUAUUGGAUACCACAAGUGGAGAAAAAGGUGCAGGUCCUAACGCCAAUUCUGUAAGAGGAUUUGAGGUGAUCGACACCAUCAAGACUCAAAUGGAGGCUGUUUGCAGUGGAGUUGUGUCUUGUGCUGAUAUUCUCGCCAUUGCUGCUCGUGAUUCUGUAGUUGAAUUGGGAGGACCAACAUGGGCCGUGUUGUUAGGAAGAAGAGACUCCACCACUGCGAUUCAAUCUGCUGCCAAUUCCAAUCUUCCAUCUCCCUUUUCUACUCUGAGCUCUCUCAUUAAGUCCUUUAGUAGUAAAGGCCUUUCUACAAAGGACAUGGUUGCACUUUCAGGUGCUCAUACAAUUGGGCAAGCACGGUGCACAACUUUUAGAGGUCGCAUAUAUGGUGAUAGAGUUAUUGACAAGGCAUUUGCCACCUCUCUUAAGGUCAAUUGCCCAAAUAGUAGUGGCAACGGUGAUAACAAUCUUUCUCCCAUAGACACUCUUACUCCCACUACUUUUGAUAAUAACUACUACAAAGAUUUGACGAGCAAGAAAGGAGUUUUUCACUCAGAUCAGGAGCUAUUCAAUGGAGUCUCUACUGAUUCUCUAGUGACUACCUAUUCCACCAAUCAAAAUACAUUUUUCAAUGAUUUUUCUAUUGCCAUGGUGAAAAUGGGAAACAUUAAACCUCUUAUUGGCACCAAUGGACAAGUGCGGAAAAAUUGUAGAAAACCCAAUUAAAUAUAUAGUGGAUUACACUACUUUAAAUAUA